UGUGCAGAACAUCAGAGAACCAGGCAGAGGGGCUAAGGAGAGCUCACUGCAGUCUGGGGGAACAGCCUACUAGACGUGGGAAUUGGGCUAGGAGCUCUGCCCAUUGACUUGUUGUCUAGAAACGGAUCUAGAAAGAGAAUCUGACAAGUAUCUAAGUGAACAAAGAGAGAGGUGCCAUGGCGAGCCACACACCCACCUGUGGACAAACAGCAGCUCUGGGAGGAUCCCUCCUGCUUUGAGAAGGAGUUAACCUAAAUCCCAGACUGGACCUUCAAAAACAUACUGUAGAACACGGGAAAGGAGCCAUCAUCCUGAAGACUUGAGAAUGUCCGGAUCUCUGGAAGUGAUUUUCUACAGAAGACAAAAGGAAGACAAAAGCCCUUUCUCCCGAUUUAUGGAAAAAAAUGCUUGACCAUCAUCACUGUGGGGAGGUCUCUACAGUUUCAGGAGCUAAAGUCUGAACAAGCAGGAGACCCUCGGCUUCUGGAAUAAAAAGAACAUUAGAAGUCCUUUGUGUUAGGAUUGGGAGGGCCAUGGGAGACCAUCUUGGACUUCUCGUCAGAGUGGUGCUCAUAGCCAGUCCUGUGUUUGGAAUUUCUUCCUGCUCCUUUGAUCAUCUGGUGGCCUUAUAUCGUUUCUGCAACCUCACCCAGGUCCCCAGUGUUCCCAACACCACUAAGAACCUCCUGCUAAGCUUCAACUACAUCAGGACAGUCACUGCCUCGUCAUUCCCCUUCCUGGAGGAGCUUCAGCUGCUGGAGCUCGGGGACCAGUUUACUCCCUUGACUAUUGACAGAGAGGCCUUCAGAAACCUGCCCAAUCUUAGAAUCUUGGAUCUGGGCAGAAGUCAGAUAGACUUCUUGCAUCUAGAUGCUUUUCAGGGACUGCCCCAUCUUUCUGAACUUAGGCUGUUUUCCUGUGGUCUUUCCAACGCUGUAUUAACAGAUGGCUAUUUCAGAAAUUUAGGGUCUUUAACUCGCCUGGACCUAUCCAUAAAUCAGAUUAGCAACAUUUCCCUUCAUCCUUCAUUCCAUGAAUUGAAUUCCUUGAAGUCCAUAGACUUUUCCCUCAACCAAAUACCAAUUGUUUGUGAGAAUGAGCUCAAGCCCCUUGAAGGGAAAGUGCUCUCCUUUUUCAGCCUUGCAGCCACUAACCUGUACAGCAGAGUCUCAGUGGACUGGGGGAAGUGCAUGAACCCAUUCAGAAACAUGGUCCUGGAAACCCUGGAUGUUUCUAGAAAUGGCUGGACAGUGGAGAUCACAAGAAACUUCAGCAAUGCCAUCGGUGGCAGUGUGACUCUCAUUUUGGUUCUUGCCUACCACAUUAUGGGUUCUGGGUUUGGCUUCCAUAACAUCAGAGAUCCUGAUCAGAACACAUUUGCUGGUCUGGCCAGGAGCUCAGUGAUACACCUGGACCUCUCACAUGGAUUUAUCUUCUCCCUGAACUCCCAUCUCUUUGAGACCCUAAAGGAGUUGAAAGUUCUGGAUCUUGCCCACAACAAGAUAAACAAGAUUGCAGAAGAAGCAUUUUAUGGACUUGACAACCUCCAAGUUCUUAAUCUGUCUUCUAACCUUCUGGGGGAACUUUACAAUUCUAAUUUCUAUGGGCUCCCUAUGGUAGCCUAUAUUGAUCUGCAAAAGAAUCACAUUGGGAUUAUUCAGGACAAAACAUUCAUAUUCCUAGAAAAUUUAAAAACACUGGAUCUCCGGGAUAAUGCUCUUAAAACAAUUUAUUUUAUUCCAAGCAUACCUACUAUCUUCUUAGGUGGCAAUAAACUGGCAACUCUGUCAAACAUCAACCACCUAACGGCCGACUUCAUCCACUUAGCAGAGAAUAGGCUGGAAAAUCUGGAUGAUCUCUACUUCCUUCUCCGAGUUCCUCAUGUCCAGAUUCUCAUUUUAAAUCAAAAUCGUUUUUCCUCUUGUAAACAAAGUCACACCCGUUCAGAGAAUCUCAGCUUAGAACAACUUUUCCUUGGAGAAAAUAUGUUGCAACUUGCCUGGGAAACAGGGUCCUGCUGGGAUGUUUUUAAGGGACUUUCCCAUCUCCGAGUUCUGUAUUUGAAUCAUAACUACCUUAAUUUCCUUCCACCAGGAGUGUUUAGUGAUCUGACUGCAUUAAAGGGACUCAGCCUCAGCUCCAACAGGUUGACGGUUCUUUAUCCUGGUGAUUUACCUGCUAAUUUGGAGAUCUUAGACAUAUCCAGAAACCAGCUCCUAACUCCUGAUCCUAACUUGUUUGCAUCACUUACUGCUGUGGACUUAACUCAUAACAAGUUCAUCUGUGAGUGUGAACUUAGCACUUUUAUCAGUUGGCUCAAUCAAACGAAUGUGACUAUAUUUGGGUCUCCUGCAGACAUAUACUGCAUGUACCCUGAUUCGUUCUUUGGGGUUUCCCUCUACUCUAUUUCCACAGAGGGUUGUGAUGAAGAGGAAGCUUUAAAGUCCCUAAAGUUUUCCCUUUUCAUCUUAUUCACCGUCUCUUUGACUCUGUUCCUCAUAACCAUCCUUAUAGUCACGAAGUUCCGAGGGUUUUGUUUCAUCUGUUAUAAGAAAGCUCAAAGAUUGGUGUUCAAGGGCCAUCCCCAGGGAAUGGAAGCUGAUGCAUACAAAUAUGAUGCCUAUCUGUGCUUCAGCAGCAAAGACUUUGAAUGGGUGCAGAACGCUUUUCUGAAACACCUGGACAUUCAGUACAGUGACCAAAAUAGGUUUAACCUUUGCUUUGAAGAAAGGGACUUUGUUCCGGGGGAAAACCACAUCGCCAACAUCCAGGCUGCCGUCUGGAGCAGCAGAAAGAUAGUUUGCCUUGUCAGCAGACAGUUCCUCAGAGAUGGCUGGUGCCUCGAAACCUUCAGUUAUGCCCAAAGCAGGUGCUUAUCCGACUGCAACAGUGUCCUCAUCAUGGUGGUGGUCGGCUCCCUGUCCCAGUACCAGCUGAUGAAACACCAGCCCAUCAGAGGAUUUGUACACAAGCAGCAGUACUUGAGGUGGCCUGAAGAUCUCCAGGAUGUUGGCUGGUUUCUCAAUAAACUCUCUCAACACAUACAAAAGAAAGAAAAGGGAAAAAAGAAAGACAAUAGCAUUCAGUUGCAAACUGUAGCAAAAAUCACCUAGUCAGAGGAGUAAUUUCCAACAAAUAAUUGUAUUUGCACUAAGUUACCACUCUAGGGUCCUUUCCAUAUUUUUUCCCUGUAAUGAAAGCAACAUAAAUCUCUCGAUUUUCAUAUCAAGACAAUGUUUUGUCUCACUCACCUCCAAAUGGAAAAUAAUAGAUCUUGAAAAUUGCAACUGUCUCUAGGAAGACUGCCAUGGAUUCAAAGGUUCCCACUCUCCAUUGAUUUCCUUUCAGACCCCAAAAUACUUUUCUCUCUUAUUGCAUUAUCUAUGGAAUGCAUCCUUGUCAUGGGAAAGGCACCUUGGGAGAAGUUAUGCAUGGCUGACACCCUUUCUCCAGCAUUCAGCUCAAGAAGGGGCUGGCCAAUGAUUCUGAGCUGUCUGCAGAACAACACUAAGUAGAAAAACAAGAGAGGCAAGUUUCCUGCCUUUGCCUUCAGAGCCUCUACAUAAGAACAAUAUCAUGGUUGGGUGCAGGUCAACUUCAGUCUCAGGGAUAACACGUGGCCCCAAAGAAAGUGGGAUGAGAAUAGCUAGAUCUAUUGUGGUCCUACAGUGCUCCCUCUUCUUACCUUCAGCUCCUAUAGGAGUGAGCAGACCUCACUUCCCGCCCUGGUAGGCCAUAUACACUCUUACAUGUUACCUUUAUUUCAGGCUGGCAUUCACAAUAUGGCACUGUGGUGGAUUAAAUUGCAUUCCCCAGUUUGUACAUGUUCUUGGCAUUCUAGCUGGUGUGGACCCAUUGUAAAUAAGGGCUCUUCAAGAUGUUACUUCAGUCAAGGGGUGGCUCAACUAAAUCAGGUUGAGCUUUUAUCUGGAUUACUGGAGUCCUUUAUAGGCAGAGUGAAAAUCAGGCAGAAAGAAGCUGCAGGGAGCAGCCACAAGCUGGAAGUCAAUGGAACCGGGAAGAGAAAGAAGAUACUGCUACAUGCAUUGCUGUGUGAUGGAACCCAGAGAUUGCCUGCCAACCAAAAAAUACCAACUUGGGGAGGAAGCAAGCCUUCUAACCUAUGAAACUGUGAGCCAAUAAAUUCCUGUUGUGAAGCCCACCGAUUGUAUGGUAUUUGUCUUGAGCAGCCGGGAGACUAAGACAGGCACCAACCCACUUUUUCAGCUUUAUUUCCUACCACACCUCAUUUAUCAACCACUCAGGCUGUUGUGGAAAGAACAUGGGCUGUUGGUUUGAGUUCUGACUCUGCUGCUUAUUAGCAAUGUGACCUGGGGCAUGUGGUCAAAGAUAAUAUCUACCUCACAGAGUUACUGUGGAAAUUAAAUUGGCCAGGGACAGCAGGGCUUCUCAGAUCUUUUCCUUAAAGUUCCCCUAAUGGCCACAAGUGUGCACACACACUUAAAUGCCU